AUGGCGAGAAAGAAGGUUAGACUUGCAUGGAUAGCGAGCGAUAGUGCUAGAAGAGCUUGCUUUCGGAAAAGGAGGGCUGGCUUAUUGAAGAAAGUGAUGGAGUUGUCUACUCUGUGUGGGGUGGAGGCUGCUAUCGUCGUCUUCUGUCCAGACGACGAACCAGCAUUUUGGCCUUCUAAGCCAGCGGUGGAACAGCUAUUCAGGAGGUAUGAGGAGAUUCCUGUUAUGGAGCGAAGCAAGAAGAUGUUGAGUCAAGAGAAUUUCCUGAGGGAGAGGAUAGCCAAGAUUAGCGAACAGACAAGCAAGUGCCUGAAGAGGGUUGUAGAGAUGGAGAUGAAUGACCUCGUAUAUCAGAUUGUUAACGGGAAUCGAAUGUAUGAACUUCCCAUUAGUGACCUGACUAAUGUGAUGCGGUUCUUGGAAGAGAAGAACAGUGAAAUCAGCAAAAGGGCCCAACAUCUUCAUGAGUUUCCUCCCCUUUCCGGGAAUGGUACUCCAUCAUCAUCGUCUCUUCCUCCUGCCCUUAUCUCUGCUCUGGAAAGGGCAGCCCCAUCUGGAGGCCUUGAUACAGAGGGAAGGGGUGCCAUCGACAAUCCAAGGAGGGAUAAGUGGAUCACUGAUAAGAGUUUGGUUAACAAUAUUGCUGCUAACGGUGGUUGGAACGAGAUUGGGAUGCAGCAAUACAAGGAUAUGCUAGGGUUGCUCCAUGGAAUUUCCAAUAUUCCAAUGCAGCCAAGCAGUGCAAGUAAUAAUAUAGAGUUUUCCCAGGGUAAUACUCAUAUUCCCAUGGCUGGAGAAGAGAUGUGGCUACCAUAUGGAAACAUGGGUGGUUCCGGUACUGGUGGGAUUCCAAUGGAGUCACUUCACGGAAGUACUGAUUUGACAAUCAACCUGAUGGGGCCCCGGUAUGGAUUUAACAUUCGCACAUCAUCUGGUGGAAAUCAGAUGGGGUUACCCCAUAGGAAUGCUGAUCUAGUGGCUGGGAGUGAGAUAGCGUUUCCAUAUGGAACAGGAGGUGGAAACAUCGAUUUUCCCGUGGCUGCCAAUCAGAUGGGGUUGCCGGACAGAUCCAAUGGUAGUUUGAUCACUGGAGUAAAUCACCACGGAAACACUGAUUUUCUCAUGGCUGGGAAUCAGAUGGGGCUGCCAUAUGGAAUCAAUGAUAGUUUCGCUGGUGGAAAUGAAAUGGGGGUGCCUCAUGGGAAUAGUACUGGUAUGACAAUGGUGGGGAGUGAGGCGGGACUUCCAACUGGAAACAUAGGCAGCUCUACCCGCGGACAUCAAAUGGGGGCUGUUGGCCUUAUGCUAGGGAAUGAGAUGGGGCCGCCAUAUGGAAAUUUCGGUGUUGGGGUACCCUAUGGAAACAAUUCUACCGGUGCCAUUGUCGGGAAUGAGAUGGGGCAGCUGCCAUAUGGGGAUGUUGUAGGAGGUGGAAUGGAGCUACUUCAUGCAAAUGUUGGUCCUAGCCGUGCUAGUUACAAUGGAGUGAACAUCAUGGGACUGCCUCGAGGAAAUAUUGCUAAUAGCAGCGGUGGAAAUGAUCGGGGGCAGCUGUAUGAUGUCAAUUACCAGGCAUGGUUUGACAGUUUGGGUGUUUAA